CCAUCAGGGACAAAAAAAAAUAAAAGUUGUGCCGAAUCACUCUGCUCCCCCUUUCUUUCUGUCUUUCCCUCAUUUCAUUUCUGUGAGACGGAGCAGCAGCAGUACAGCUUACGAACCAACGAAGCACCCAGCAGCAAGGCAAGCAAAAUGCAAGGAGUCUAUCCCCUUGCCUCAGACAACCGGCACAACUAAGAGGGGCACAACAGAGAGAGCGAGAAAGAGAGAAAGAAAGAGAGGGACAGAGAAAUUGGACGAUUUAAUUUAAAGGGCUGCUGUUGGUACAUCUGUGGAAAAUAAUAUCCCGUUCCUAUCCUGUCUUGCUGUUACCCCAGGUAUCCUGCCACCCCUUCCCUGCCCUCUGAUACCCUCUGCCUGCCUUGACCGUCCCUGUCACCUCCAUCCCUGACAGAGAGAGAGAGAGAGAGAGAGAGAGAGAGAGAGAGAGAGAGAGAGAGAGAGAGUGUGUAAGAAGGACAGAGAAAUUGAGACACAGAAGAUUUAAAGGGCUGCUGGUGUUGUAGAAUAAGAGAUACUGUCCUGUCCCCCUCUUCUCCUGUUCUGACAAGAGGCUGAGGUCAUGGUGCCUGGAACUGCCUUGGUACCUGGAUCCUUACUACCCUGCCUCUGCACCCUGCUCUGCCUGGAUCUGCUGUUCCUCCCUGGGCUGGUCGAGCCGUCGGUGCCCCUGGAGGACUUCUACCCCUUUGGCCAGGACUGGGGGGAUUUGCAGACGAUCUCUCAGGACGAUGGAGGCUCAGGCCUGGUGGAGAUCUCUGUGGCAUUCCCCUUCUUCGGUGACAGGCACUCGGGACUCUACGUGAACAACAAUGGUCUGGUCUCGUUCCUCAGAGAAGUAUCUCAGUUCACACCAGUGGCAUUCCCCAUCGCCGGAGACCGGAGGGUUGUGGCAGCGUUCUGGGCUGACGUGGACAACCGGCGGGCGGGGCAAGUCUUCUACCGGGAGAGUAAAGACCCGUCUGUCCUCUUGAGGGCCACAGCUGACGUCAAACGAUACUUCUCUGAGUUCCCAGAAUUCACUGCGACGUGGAUCCUCAUCUCAACGUGGCACAAAGUCACCUUCUUUGGAGGAAGUGACAUCACACCAGUGAAUACAUUCCAAUUGGUGCUGAUCACCAACGGAGAGCUAUCCUUCACCAUCUUCCAGUAUCAUGACAUCACCUGGACUACAGGCAUGCAUGCCAGCAGUGGAGGAGACCUGGCAGGGCUAGGAGGCAUCGCUGCACAGGCAGGUUUUAACGCUGGCGACGGGAAACGUUACUUUAACAUCCCCGGGUCUCGUACUGAUGACAUGGUGGAUUUGGAGGGAACCACCAACGUGGGUUGCCCCGGGAGAUGGGUGUUCCGGAUCGACAAUGCACAGGUGGAGGUGGGUGGCUGCAACGACUCAGCGUCUGUGUGUCCACACCUUCGACCCUGUCUGAAUGGAGGUCUCUGUAUUGAUGACUGCAUCACCGGCAACCCUUCUUUCUCCUGCUCCUGUCUGGCUGGAUUCACCGGAAGGUGGUGCCAGAUAGAUGUAGAGGAGUGUUCGUCCUACCCCUGUCAGAACGGAGGUACCUGUUCAGACCAGGUUAACGGGUUCACCUGCCAGUGUCCACCUGGGUUUACAGGGACAGUCUGCCAAACAGAUGUAGAGGAGUGUUCGUCCUACCCCUGUCAGAACGGAGGUACCUGUUCAGACCAGGUUAACGGGUUCACCUGCAAGUGUCCACCUGGGUUUACAGGGACAGUCUGCCAAACAGAUGUAGAGGAGUGUUCGUCCUACCCCUGUCAGAACGGAGGUACCUGUUCAGACCAGGUUAACGGGUUCACCUGCAAGUGUCCACCUGGGUUUACAGGGACAGUCUGCCAAACAGAUGUAGAGGAGUGUUCGUCCUACCCCUGUCAGAACGGAGGUACCUGUUCAGACCAGGUUAACGGGUUCACCUGCAAUUGUCCACCUGGGUUUACAGGGACAGUCUGCCAAACAGACAUUGACGAGUGUAAAGACAGACCCUGCCUCAAUGGAGCGCUGUGUGUGCAAGGUGUCGACAGCUUCACCUGUGUGUGUGAGAGGGGCUACUCUGGGACUCUGUGUGAGACAGACAUGGAUGAGUGUGUUUCCCAGCCCUGCCUGAAUGGAGGACAAUGUAAAGACCAGGUGAAUAGCUACAACUGCACCUGUCCUGUUGCCUUCACCGGGACACACUGUGAGACAGAGUUGGUGGUGGUCCAGGUGGAUUCAUCGUUGACUCCUCAAACUGAAAAUCAAACAGUGUCUUGUAAAGGGGAGGGCUGUGAGAACCAUCCGACCUGUGAAUACAUCGGCCCAGGGAACUACAACUGUACCUGCAUCCAGGGUUUCUAUGGUGACAACUGUGAAGGAGAGUGUCUGUGCCAGAAUGGAGGGGUCUGUGUGGACGGGACCUGUGACUGCACCUCAGGCUUCACCGGAAUCUACUGUCAGUUUGAGGUGACCCAGACCCCAUGCAGUAACAGCAGGCCGUGUCCUGACGGAGGACCCUGUCUGGAGUACGGAGGAACCUACCUGUGUACCUGUCAGACAGGUGUGGCAGACCUAGAUAACAAGGACUUCUAUCCUCCCUAUGUACAGCCGCGAUCGGUCUGUGAUUCGUCUCCGUGUCUGAACGGAGGUCACUGCUAUGAGAGAGAUGGAGGCUACACCUGCGAGUGCAAGCAUGGAUACAGAGGGAAGCAUUGUGAGAAAGUCAGACUCAACACAUGUGCCUCUGGCCCGUGUCGUAACGGAGGUUCCUGUAAAGAGGAGACAGGGAGCUUCCUCUGCGUCUGUCCAUACAGGUUCACUGGCAAACACUGUGAAGUGGGGAGGCCAGACCCGUGCUCCUCCAGCCCCUGUCUGAACGGAGGAACAUGUUUCCACUACAUUGGGAAGUACAAGUGUGAAUGUUCCGGAGCCUUCAGCGGGAGACACUGUGACAUCAGCAGGGGAUCAGCACACCCCACAGCAGAUCUGGACUGUGGUCCCCCCCUGCAGGUGAAGCAUGCAGAGCUCCAGUUCUCCUCUACGUCGCCAGGCUCCAUGGCUCUGUACGUCUGCCACCCAGGAUACACCCCCAUGCCCAGGGCCACCCAGAGCAUCUGUGGGGGUCAGGGUGCCUGGAGCCAACCCCCUGUCUGCCAGGAUAUGGAUGAGUGUGUGUCGGAGCCCUGUAAACACGGAGGAACAUGUGAGGACCAGCCGGGUUCGUACUACUGCCACUGCCAACAGGGCUUCAUGGGACAACACUGUGAAAUAGAGCAGGACAGGUGUGAGUCCGGCCCCUGUCUGAACGGCGGUGUGUGUCGUGGCUCCAGGAGCAACUACCUGUGUGUGUGUAAAGAAGGGUUCUUGGGGGACCACUGCCAGUCAUUGGAGAAUCCCUGUAUACUGCAGCCGUGUGGGAACAGAGGCCUCUGCCAUAGCGACAGGAAAGGGAACUACAGCUGUGCUUGCAAAGUGGGCCACACAGGAAAGGACUGUGAGAGAGACCUGUUGCCUCCCUCUGGUCUGCAUGUACUACGGGUGGAGGAGGAUGAGGUGGUUCUGCGCUGGGACCUGCCGGACCCUUCCUCUCAGAGCCUGGUCAGUGGCUUCGCUGUGACCUACGCCCCUCUGGAUCUCCUGGGCCGUGGCAGUGGAACCAGGAAGACUGACUUCCUGGACAAGAAGCAGGCCACGUAUCAGCUGCAGGGUCUGGUGCCUGGCCUGUUAUACAACAUCUCUACCUUCUCUGUGAAACGAAACACCAACAGCAACGAUAUCAGCCAGCCAGCCAUCGCUCUCAUACGCACCAGGCCACGGCGGGUGGAUCAGCUGCAGGUAGUCAACGUAUCGUCCUCCCAGGUAUGGCUGAGGUGGCUGGUUCAGGCUGCUCGUCAUGCUACUGUCAGCCAGGUGCGCCUUUCCCUGGUCUCCUGGGACGGUAGUGGAGUUGGCACCGCUCUGCUCAACACCAGCACAAUGGAAUAUGCCUUCAGCUCUCUGCUCCCUGGUCAGAUGUACACGGUGGACGUUCUAACUCAGAGUGGGAUCGGACCAGACGAGUCACCCUCCACCAGUCACUCUGCUGGACCGCUGCAAGUCUGGACCAGACCCCUCCCCCCUCAGAACCUGUCUCUGUCCCAUGUGACUUCCAACUCUGCCCUGGUGACGUGGGAUCCCCAUCCCAGGAACGUGCCAGACGGCUUCGUGGUCAAUGUGACGCGAGGCCUGAGCACCCGGAGUCGCUUCCUACCCAAUGGGAAGCUGCGAACAUAUACCCUGAGAGAGCUUUCCCCAGGACAACACUACCACCUAGUCCUCAUGGCUGUUAGGAACACAGGACAGGAACAGAUCCACAGUGUACCACAACACCUGGCCUUCACCACAUUACCGAUGGAGGAGAGAUGGGGAGGGAGGACGAGGGAGAGACCGUCUGUCGUGGGAACCCCUGUGAGUCAUACACUAGCCCCGUCUGAACCUCAGGACCUGGGGGUGACUGGAGAGAGAGAGCACUCUGAAGAGAUGCCCAGAUACACAGAACUGAUUGAUGGAAGGAGGAGGAUAACAGCUAAGUUCACUAGCCUGCCCAGAAAGGUCAUCAGACACCGUACUAAGCCUGAGCCUCCUAUUCAGUUACAGAGGAUGGAGGAGACAACUAAUCAAAUCGGCCUUGCACUAGAGAGGAAGGAGGAAGAGGAGGGGCCCGAGUCGUCCCGGGACUGCCAGAGCCUGCCUUGCCUGAACGGGGGUACGUGUGAGAAGGGGAGCGACUCAUACAUCUGCAAUUGCGCUUCUGGGUUCAAGGGCAGGCAGUGUGAUCUGUUCUGCCAACGAUUGCCCCACCCGUGUACCCGCCUUUACUCUGAAACAAAGAGCAUGCCCGUCUGGGUGGGUGAAGUCUGCCAUUACAUGUAUAAAAGGACGUACAAAGUGCAGCAGGAUGUUUGCUAUCGAGAGAUCUGUGAACCACCGUUGCCCAAGAAAAGUCCCAACAGAAGAACCAACAGCCAAUAAUAAUGAGAUUGGCCUGUUGGAUGACCCAUGUUGCGCAGAGAUUGGCCUGUUGGAUGACCCAUGUUGCCCAGAGAUUGGCCUGUUGGAUGACCCCUGUUGUCCAGAGAUUGGCCUGUUGGAUGACCCCUGUUGCCCAGAGAUUGGCCUGUUGGAUGACCCCAGAGAUUGGCCUGUUGGAUGACCCCUGUUGCCCAGAGAUUGGCCUGUUGGAUGACCCCAGAGAUUGGCCUGUUGGAUGACCCCUGUUGCAUAGAGAUUGGCCUGUUGGAUGACCCCUGUUGCCCAGAGAUUGGCCUGUUGGAUGACCCCUGUUGUCCAGAGAUUGGCCUGUUGGAUGACCCCUGUUGCCCAGAGAUUGGCCUGUUGGAUGACCCCUGUUGCCCAGAGAUUGGCCUGUUGGAUGACCCCUGUUGCCCAGAGAUUGGCCUGUUGGAUGACCCCUGUUGCCCAGAGAUUGGCCUGUUGGAUGACCCCUGUUGCCCAGAGAUUGGCCUGUUGGAUGACCCCUGUUGCCCAGAGAUUGGCCUGUUGGAUGACCCCUGUUGCCCAGAGAUUGGCCUGUUGGAUGACCCAUGUUGAGUAAAGACGAUCAAGCAAACAACUGGAACAAUGAGAAUUGGCCACUCAUCAAUAAUUAAAUGUACUAGAAACAGUCCAGACCAGUGUAAAAUCCAAACAUGAUUACAUACCUCAUCACUUCCAUGUUAUCAGUUCAGUCUCUCAGCUCAGGAAAAUGUGUAUAGUAGGACUGUCUGUUUUAUCACAAGCAAACGCUGUCUAAAAUAUGGAUUGAUUGCUUUACCAUAGUCUUACAAUGCCCCCUCCCAAAGAUUCAACCGUUUUCCCUCAGUGGCAAAACAACAACAAUCACUACUGGAAAAUAAGUGUCUGUUUUUAUGGUUCUAGACUCUAAAACCAACGUCACUACUAGCUAUCAUGUAAAUAGUGUUUAUAGGCUGUUUUCUAGGUUAAUAUUUUAAUAAUAAAAAAAAAUGUUAAAAUGUA